AUGCCUGAGAAGACGAUCUACGUACCACAGACCAUAUGCGAGCAACUGAAGGAGCGCGCCAUAGCAGUGUUCGGACCAGGCAAUUUUCCAGGCGACAUCAUUGCAGCUAGUUAUGCUGCCAACCUCACAGUGCCGCAUUUCUAUUUGGAGCCGAGAAAACAGAUUUUUGAUUAUGUCAUCGAAAGAUCAGUGGACUUGUUCCCGGGACCAAGGGUCAUUUCGGAUAUCUUAGUACCCAUUGUGAUUCAUUACAAAUGGCGAUCGCUUGUGCUUCUUUACCAGAAAGCAUCAGAUCUCACCAAUCUUCAGCAUUUUAUUGCAAUGAGCUAUUUCCCGCAGCCUUAUCAGGUGAUUGCUAGACAACUUCCGAAAUCUGCAGCAGAAUAUGGCGCACUUCUGGACGAUAUCAAGAAUAAUCUGGAUCAACUGAAUAUUGUGCUGCACACCGAACUCGCUACACUUCGCCCUAUUAUUUCUCACUUUGAGCACGUGCAACUCUCCUGGAACCUUUCGUGCCUUUGGUCGUUUUGUCAGGAUGCUCUUACUGUGGAUCUUCUGGAAGGCGAACUGUCCAAUUGCAAUGUCACUGCAUUAUCGUUAGUACGUGCGCAUUCGCCGGAUACGUUAUUGUUGCUGUCAAGUCUUCGACGGGAGAAUCUCUCAUUAUCUAAUUCAUCGUUAGAUCUGCAAACAGCAGUGCGCUCUGAUUCAUUGAUGCUUCUGAAGAGAGCACUGCGUGGACUGGAGCUGGAGCUACGUAACGAUGCAGCAACGUGUGAGUCACGCUCCCAGUUCGGCAACCGUCUGAUUAAUCGGCUCACUCGAAAAACAUUUAAUGGGUCAACAGGCCCGAUUGCUUUGAACAGUAAUGGAAAAAGAGUGAACUACUCAGUUGUUGUGCUGCAUCGCAAUAAGAAAGGCUUCGAAAAACUAGGUGAAUGGCACAGCGCAACCGAAGAACUUGCACUACUGAAACCAUCUGAGAAGGAAUCACCAAAUGAUGACACUCUGGAGAACAGGACGUUACGUAUUGCUGUUUACGUGCUUUUGAAUAUAUGCUUAAGUUUGCAGGAGCAGCCUUUUGUUAUGCUAAAGGAGAAUUUAAAUGAUAGCGUGGAUGAGAAUGAUCGAUACACGGGCUACUGCAUUGAACUGCUUGAAAAAAUCGCUGAACUGCAGAAGUUCAAGUACAUACUGCACGAGGUGAAGGAUAAAACGUACGGCUCAAAGAUGAGCAAUGGCAAAUGGAACGGACUUGUUGGAGAGCUCAUGAGCGGGGAAGCGGAUAUAGCAGUAACAUCGCUAACAAUCAGCUACAGUCGUAGUGAAGUGAUCGAUUUCACUGUUCCUUACAUGCAUCUUGGCAUUUCAAUACUGUAUAAGAAGCCAGCUGCUUCAGAGCCGAACUUCUUUGCUUUCCUGGCUCCGUUAAGUUCCGACGUAUGGUACAGCACUCUGGCAGCUUAUUUGCUAACAUCGUUAUCACUGUGGCUUCUUGGACUGAUUACCCCGUAUGAGCGAGUUGGACUGGUCGGCAAGGAUGCUAUCAUUGUGCCCAAACAGUUUAAUCUUUCGAAC